GGACAGUAGUGCUUCAGGCUUACAAAAUGAAUAUUUCGCACCUUCUGAACUCCUGAUCACUGCUGGUCGAUCGCAAUGGCAGCCUCAUUUCCAAUCAGCUUCGCGGAGGAAGCUCUCCCGCCCACCUUGACACCCGCCUCAGAGCAGCCACCUCUCCACGAUGGCACAACCAGACUCUACAUGUCGUAUACUUGCCCGUAUGCGCAACGAGCGUGGAUCGCCAGGAACUGCAAGGGUUUACAGGGGAAGAUCGUGUUAGUGCCGAUUGAUAUGGCGGAUAGGCCUGAGUGGUACAAGACUGUUAACCCAAAGAAUCAGGUACCCUGCCUAGAACACAACAACAAAGUGAUAGGAGAGAGUUUGGAUUUGAUCAAGUACAUGGACAGCAACUUCGAAGGCCCCAAAUUGUUUCCUGAUGAUUCCGAGAAGCAAAGGCUUGCGGAGGAACUACUGGCUUAUUCAGACACCUUCAAUCAGGCGAUGCUUGCCUCGCUGACCUCCAAAGGCGGUGUGACGGAUGAAGCUGUUGCUGCUGUGGACAAGAUAGAGGAUUUCCUUUCAAAAUUUGAUGAUGGGCCCUUCUUCCUUGGCCAGUUCAGUCUUGUGGACAUCGCAUAUGCACCAUUUGUAGAUGGAUUCCAGGUGUUCUUCGCCGGCAUACAGAACUACGAUACCACUGCAGGAAGGCCUAACAUACAGAGAUUCAUCGAGGAAAUGGACAGCAUUGCCGCCUAUUCGAAGACCAAGCAGGACCCUCAAGAACUGCUUGCUCUCACAAGGAACAAGCUCGGGAUAUAAGGAUUUCCACUUGGAUCUGGACAGACUGAUGGCUGAUGAAGGAUGUAAAAUACUACAACCAGCAUCACCGCUCCGAGCGCAAUAAUUAAUACUCCCUCCGUUCCAAAAUGUAAGGCGUCUAAGGACUGGUCAAAAAUCAAACUUUACUAAC